GUUUAUUAUGACAACGGAUCAUUAUUGAAUGUUUAUUAGUUGGAGACUUGAAAAGAUUGGAUAUUUUGGAUAAGUUUGUGUUUUUUUGGGCGGAAAAAAAUGGAUUUCGAGGAAAACUUGAUCAAAAGACAAAACUCAACCGAGUAUUUCGACACCGUUAUCGGGCACAUCGAGGACAUCGUUAUCGGGGAGGAAUUUCAGACGCUGGUGAACCAAUUCAUGGAUUGCUACUAUCUGGUUUUCGAACCUGGCGAGGAGAAUAAAAUCGCUUACACGGAAAUCUAUCAAAAGUACCAGUUUCUGGUGGAGACAUUCAUCGUGGAAUCGCUCAACGACCGGAUGCGGAACAUGUUCGACAUGGAACGGUUUGCCCGGGAGCUGGAAAAUAGACGUAGCGCCCAGCUGGACGGGGAAAUCUUCGAGCUGCUUUACACGCUGACCGAUUUUUUGACCUUCAAGGAAAUGUUGCUUGACUACAAAUCGUUUAAGGAGGGCGCCUACGACGAACUGAGCAAGGACUUCAGCGUGACCGGAUUGCAGAAGCAGCCGUAAAUUGUCGGACGGAACGGAGUAAAAUAGAGUUUUUUCUUUUCAACGAUGGCAA